CCCUAUUCCAUUUUGCUGCAUUUCAUCCCCACAAGUCACAACCCACCCUCCUCAAAAUAAAAAGAAAGAAAAACCUCUUCUAUUCUUCUUGAUUCUUUUUAAUCGAUUCAUAACAUUGUGCAUUAUCCCAUUCUGAAUUGUGACUUCCAACUCUCUCUCCCGCAAAAAAAAGCGCCAUUGCAGGUCCGAUGGCGCAAUUGCCUCCCAAAAUCCCAACCAUGUUGCCCGUAUGGGCGGAUUUCUCGCCCGAACACAAAUUGCAUUCCCUCGCCGCCGCCAUUCCGCCUUCCUCCUCCGCAGCUCACAAUAGCAAUAAUAAUAAUCCGUCCUGGGUUGACGAAUUUCUCGACUUCUCCUCCACCAGGCGCAGGACCCACCGCAGAUCCGUCAGCGAUUCCAUCGCUUUCCUCGAGGCGCCAAUGCUCGACGACUGCCGCGCCACCCCUCCCGCGUGCCCGGCUAACAGCAACCACCACAACAACCAGCAGCAGCAGCACGAUUUCGACAAAUUCGACGACGAGCAGUUCACGUCCAUGUUCUCCGACGACAUUUCCUCCAACCCGGUCACCGGUCCCAACAACUCCUCCUCCAACCCUUCCACGCCAUCCGAUCACAACAGCUUCAACGACGAGAAGGAAGCCAUGCACCACAAUAAUAAUAAUAUUAUCCGCUGCGAAGCGGACGACGCGCAGAGCCCUUGCAAUUCGGAUUCCCAGCAAACCACCACAACCGGGGACCGUACGGUCGACCCCAAGAGGGUCAAGAGAAUUCUGGCGAACAGGCAAUCGGCGCAACGCUCACGGGUUAGGAAGCUGCAGUACAUAUCGGAGCUUGAACGGAGCGUCACUUCCUUACAGGCGGAAGUAUCAGUGUUGUCGCCUAGGGUUGCAUUUCUGGACCAUCAGAGAUUGCUUCUCAACGUGGAUAACAGCGCUUUGAAGCAACGCAUUGCAGCUCUGGCUCAAGAUAAGAUCUUCAAAGAUGCUCAUCAAGAGGCACUGAAGAGGGAAAUAGAGAGGCUGAGGCAAGUUUACCACCAGCAGAACCUCAAGAAGAUCGAGAUCAGCAGCAACGACGACAACUCAGCAAGCCAGCAUAAGAAUCAUAACAGUGAACAACCCAGCAAUAAUAAUAAUAUUGCAGCGGCAGAGAAAGAGCAGCAGCUUCUUCAGGUUUAAACUGAUAUGCAUUUUGAUCCAAUACACUUGAUAAUUAACCGCAAGUUUGAUGAGGAGAUGGUGGGAAGGAAAGGGUGUUGGUUUGGUUCAUUUCACAUGCGUUGUCGUGGCUGGCCGGCCAGUGGCUUUGGUGAUGGUGGAGUGGAAGUAAGCUUAAUGAUUAGCUAGUUGACUCAUUCGAUAUUCAGAUUAAUUAGCUUCUGGGGAAGGGAACUAUCAUGACAGGGGGAAAAGACAGGGAAGGUGGUGGGAGCUGCUGCUGCUAAUGAUCUAUCUAUCUAUAUAUAUGUACAUUCACGUGAUAUGUUGUACAAGCAGCAAGAAUCAAAAUGGACCACUGACCACUCCUCUCCUCUCAGAUUUACAUGUAUGAUUGGGAACCUCAGAACCCAACUACAUGUGCCUCCUCCUUCAUCACUUCCCUUCUUUUGUUUAACCAUUUUCUCCCCUAUUUUCUCUUCCUUUUUUUUUCUCUCUCCUUUUUAAAUUUAAAUAUAUUUCAUUCAUUAAUUGUUUCCAGACCAGAAGGAGAAGAGUUUAGUAGUGUAGUAGUGGUGGGAUGUGGGUUACUGAUUUUUUCUUUCUUUUUCUUCUUAAUGUUGCUGGUUCCUUUUUGGGUUUACUUUUUAGAGAAAGAAGAAGAGUAGGAAGUGGGUGUGAUUGAUUCUUUUCAUGAAAUGUAGUGGACAAGUGUUGUUUCUGUAUUGUAUUGUUGGGAUGGAUGGAUGGAUGUAUAGCUGUAUGAAAAGGGCAAGAUGUUUGUGAGGGGAAUUCCCCUCAUUUGUUUUUGUUCCUUUGUUGCUGCUCCCUUUCAUCAUCCCCACCCUCUCAUCUCAGUUCUCAUCUCUCCUUUCUCAUUCUUUGUGCGUUUGUUUUUUUUUUUUUCUCGUUUUAUUCGUUAUCUUUUGUUCAUUCUGACUUCUCAAUAGGGGGUGGUUAUCUUUCUGGUACGGUUAAACGGUUCAGGAUUAACCCGGUUCUAUUCCGGUCUUUUGGGAAAUAUGAGAACCAAAUAUUGGAUUGAGUACAAUCUGGUUUUGACCCUGCUACAGACAAUUCAGCCGCAUAUACCCUUUUUCCUGGAAUGUAGACAACCUAUUUGUACAUCAUUUCUGGAAAGGAAAAAAAAAACAAGUCAAACCU